GAUAGCUCAAGUGGGAUAGAGGUAGCACACUGGUUGCCUCAAGCGACAGUUCAUCAGUAAAAUGCACACUCAUGACACCCAGUGGUGCAUUUAGUACUUGAAUCCUAAACUCAUGGUCCAACAAUCCCCAAUCAAACACAAGUCCAUAUAUCAUGAACAAGUUCUGAACUGCAAAUUGCAAAAUGUUGGCGCCACGAUCAUUUGUAAAGUUCCAACUUGUGCGUUCACUUUAAAAGAACGAGCGAAUAUUCUAGUGGCCCAGUUUUCUUCCCCGGUGAUGACUAUUAAUCAAUAAGUUUAUCUAGAGCCGGCAUAAUCUGCGAGGGCUAACUGCCUGGCGCAGGGAUGAAGCUAUUCUACAUUUCUGGAAUUCAAAUUGACAUUCUUUCCAGCUAUCAGAAAAUUGUUACGAUUUAAAGAGUUCAUCCUACGUCUGCCCUGUGACGAUAAUCAAGGAAGGAAAAUCGACAGAAUAGAAAGACAUGGCAGCCGAAUUAGACCUUGUGAAUCUGUUGAUAAUUGCUGGGGGAACGCUGGCUAUCCCCCUUUUGGCAUUCGUCGCUUCCUUCCUCUUGUGGCCCUCGGCACUCAUUAAAGUCUACUAUUGGUACUGGAGGAGGACUCUGGGUCUCCAGGUCCACUAUGCAGAUUGCCGAGGCUACCGUUUCUGUUACUCCUGUCGAGGCAAGCCCGGAAUGAGGCCCUCCAUUCUGAUGCUGCACAGCUUCUCUACUCACAAAGACACUUGGCUCACACUUGUCAAGUACCUGCCAAAACAUCUACACAUCGUAUGCGUGGACAUGCCAGGCCACGAGGGUACGACCCGGACCAACGCAGAGGAUUACUCCAUCGUGGGGCAGGCCAGGAGAAUUCAUCAGUUUGUGGAAACAAUUCGCUUGGACCGGAAACCUUUCCAUGUGGUUGGGACCUCCAUGGGGGGAAAUGUCGCCGGGGUGUACGCCGCCACUUACCCAAGAGAAAUUUGUAGCAUGACGCUCAUAUGUCCAGAUGGUAUCAAACAUCCAUGUGAGACCAAGUUUGAUAAUCAUCUGCAAGAUCUGGAGCGUAGCAACUACACACUGAAUAUUCCACUCAUCCCAACCACACCUGAGGAGAUGCAGGACAUGUUCAGGCUAUGUUCACAUGUUCGCUUUAAGAUACCUCAGCAGAUUCUCCAAGGACUUGUGGAUGUCCGAGAGCCUCACAACUCUUUUUAUGAAGAAGUGUUUCUCGAGAUUGUGAGUGAGAAAUCCAGAUAUGCUUUACAGGAACACUUGCAUCUCAUCACUGCGCCUGUGCAGGUGAUAUGGGGCAAACGGGAUCAGGUGGUGGAUGUGUCUGGAGCCACGGUCAUUGCAGAAAUGUUGCCAGGAUGCAGAGUGGACCUGCUGGAGAACUGUGGCCACUCUGUGGUGAUGGAGAAGCCUUGUCGCACAGCCAAACUCAUCCUCGAGUUCAUCAUCCUGCAGCAAGAAGCGAGAGGAGGCGCAAAGAAAUCAUCCUAAAUUCAAAUUGGGGUUUGUGUGUGGUUAAUAAUAAAUAAUAGAAAGAAAAUGUGGGGGUUAAAGUUACUGUGCUUGAUUUGACCGCAGAACUUUGUGCAAUAGUC